AUGCCUAAGAUUAAAAAGGUCGCGAUAGCUGGAGCAUCAGGCGCUCUUGGGCCGCACGUCUUCAAAGCACUUGCUGAUGCAGGGUUCGAAGUCACUGUCCUCACGCGUUCCAAGAAACCAGGGGCGUAUGACUUGGCUAUUGAAGUUCUCGAAGUAGAUUUCACUUCCAUGGAUUCUUUGACCUCUGCACUCAAAGACAUUGACGCUGUUGUGUCCACUGUGGGCGGUACAGCCGUCGACGGUCAAACCGUCCUCAUUGACGCCGCUGUCGCCGCAGGCGUGAAGCGUUUCAUUCCUUCCGACUUUGGAAGUGUCAGUACCAACCCUAAGCUCGACAAGCUUCCAUUAUAUAGCUCUAUGGCAAAUAUUCGAGAGCACCUUCAGAAAAAAGCCGCGGUUGGGGAGCUUAGUUGGACAGUUCUGGCGUGCGGGGCCUUCUUGGAAUUCGUGUUAAACAUGCCUACAGUAAUCGACUUUAAAAACCACACCGCUACUAUCCUGGACGAUGGGGAUAACAGGGUCACCUCGACUUCUAUGCCACUAGUCGGGACGGCUAUUGCUGCGAUCUUGAAAAAUUUCGAAGCCACGAAAAACCAAAUUUUGCAUAUAUCUGAGGUCAUAUGGACUCAAAAUCAGUUGUUGGGAUUUGCAAAAGAGCUACAGCCUGGAAUCAAAUGGGAGACUAAUAAGACACAGACGAGUGUACUUUUGAAGGAGAGUCUGGAGCAAAUUGGCGCGGGGGAUUUGAGUAUGCCGGUUAUCUUGAAGCUGUUGAAAGCUACAGCCUUAGCCGGUGAUACUUAUGGCGGCGCAUAUGACGUGACGGAUAACGAGCUUCUUGGUAUCAAGGAAUUAACCGCGGACGGCCUGAAAACACUUGUUGCUAGCCACCUCGCAUAG